GUGGAAAACGCAAACAAACUUUUAUAUACAUUUUUUUUUUACUGAUUAAAGCUAAAUAAACCUAAAAUUGAAUUUUAAUUGUGAUACCCUAUAAAACAGAUGAGCUGCGUACUACAUAUAAUGAUUUUGUUCUCGAAUGAAACCUAGUUAGUAAGUAGUAAGAAACUGGCUAAGACAGAAUUGAAAUGGGUGAUUAUAACCAUGGGAUGGUGAUCAAAGUAGAUGAAGAAAAUGAUGAUGUAAAAGAGGAAUUUACCGAAACCUUGGUGGAAAAAAUUGAACCUUAUUAUAUUGCAAAUUCUUCUGACGUUUGUUCUCCAACAACCCACAACAACAGUCUUCAACAAAACACUAAUGAUGAUCCAUAUAAAUUUAAAGAAGAAGGAGGCGACCUGAGCAUUAAAAUUGAAGUAGAAGAAGAAAAUGAACAGUCAGAAAGGGAACAAAAUACAAUCGAUGGGAAUGCAUACUAUUUUGGAAAAAUAUGGAAUGAAACGUUGGUCAAAAUUGAAGUAGAUUUGGACGAAAUACAGUCAUUUAUUUGUGAAUUAUGUAAAAAGUCUUUUAUUACAAAAAAGAGAGUGGCCCAACACAUAUCUCAAUUACAUAGUGCACAUUCAACCGUCCAGAAGAAUUUUUCAUCUAAAUCCAAGAACACAGAACACCGACGCGUGCACUCUGGUAAAAAGUCAUACAAAUGUGACGUAUGCCUAAAGCUCUUUUCUGUCAAGUACAACCUCAAAAUACACAAACGAGUGCACACAGGAGAAAAGCCCUACAAAUGUGACUUAUGCCUGAAGUCCUUUUCUGUAAAAUGCCACCUCACACAACAUGAAAGCGUGCACACUGGUGAAAAGCUCUACAAAUGCGAUGUAUGCCUAAAGUCAUUUUCUCAGAUAUCGGUACUCGCAACACAUAAACGCGUGCACACGGGUGAAAAGCCCUACAAAUGUGACGUAUGCCCAAAGUCUUUUUCUGUAAAAUACAAUCUCAGCAUACACAAACAUGUUCACACAGGUGAAAAGCCCUACCAAUGUGCGUUGUGCAUGAAAUCUUUUUCUGUAAUUUCGAACCUCGCACAACACGAACGCGUGCACACCGGUGAAAAACCUUACAGUUGUAACGCGUGUUCAAAGACAUUUUCUCAAAAAGCCCACCUCGCACAACACAAACGCUUGCACACUGGUGAAAAGCCCUUCAGUUGUGACAUGUGCUCUAAGUCAUUUCCUCAGUCAUCGGCACUUAGAGUACACAAAUGCGUUCACACUGGCGGAAAGCUGUAGUAAUGUGCUGUGUACUUGAAUUCAUUUACUAGAAACACAACAUUUAGUUUUCACACAUUUUCUAGAAUAAUCAUUAAUGUACAUUUUUUAGACUUUUUAACUAUCAGUUUGUAAAUUAAUAGAGUACAGUACCUCUAGGUGUUUAAGUGAUUUUAUGUUAAAGACAAGAUAAAUGUGUUUUAUAGUUGAUUAACUAAACAGAAUUUCUUUUGCGAUUGUUUGAAA